AUGUUACACUUUUCUAACUUCGAUGCUUCACGGACUAACCGAGGAACGUAAGUUCCGUUUUUCCAAAUCCUUUUAUAAAUUUGACAUGUCCCGAAUGUAAACUGUUUCGAGUAACAAAACUUUUCGGUGGUCGGUUUUUGAUUUUUCGGAAAUUUUUGGGUUUUUUGAAUACUGCAAAUUUUAAAAUUGAAAAAAAAAAAAUUUUUUUUACAAUUUUUUUAUUUUUUGGUAUUUUUUUAAUUGUAAAAUACGGAUUUUUUACCUUUCUGAUCAAAAAAAAAUUAAAAUUUAUUUGCCAAUUUUCAUAUUUUAUGAGAGUUUACAACCUAAAAUACGAAAAAAAUCCUAAAAAAUCGACCUUUUCCACUAAACCAAAACAUUUCCAAACACUUUCCACUAAUUAGCCUCAUUAAUUCCGCCUAAUUUAUAUCAUUUUCAGCCCAUCACUGCCUCCUGUUAUGCCUCCGUCCCUGCCGCCUACGACGCGGGCCUGGCCGGACUCUACGGCGGGUUUGCCAAGGAAUGGGCGGGACGUCUCUAAGUUGCGGUCGGGCCAGUUGCGACGCUCCCAGUCGUUGUCGUUGUCGCAGCGGCCGCUGCGGGCGCGUCGCGAGUCCAUCGGCGCUUACAUUGAACCCGUUGCUCCCAAGUUUUCGACCCACCAAUACGUCUUUUUUUAA